UGCCCCAGCUCAACUCAUCUGGUGGUGUGAAAGGAGGAAGUGCCACUCUUCCCAUCCAGGCCCCAGGCAAGGGCAGGCACUCCCUGGCUCCUGCGUGCCUUACACACCUCCUGUGUACCAGCAGCUCCAGCCAUGGACAGGUGGUACCUGGGGUGUGGCAGGACGCUCUGAAGGUUAAGAGACUUGGAGGUACCCAACCCGACACAGUACCCCUACACACACCUCCCCUGCGCCAUUCACACCACCCCACGGCAGACACUGUCCCAGAAGUAAGAGGCCACACAGGAAGAUCGUGGAGAAGCCCUGGUGGCCGGGGAAAUGACAGGGCUGUCGGCUGAUGAUGGUGGCAGUGCCAAGGGGUCAGAGAAUCCAUUUGUCUAUGACUACGAGACCGUCCGCAAAGGGGGCCUGAUCUUCGCGGGCCUAGCCUUCAUCGUGGGGCUCCUCAUCCUCCUCAGCAAAAGGUUCCGCUGUGGGGGCAGCAAGAAGCACAGGCAGGUCAAUGAAGACGAGCUGUGACGUUAGAGCUGGCCGUGCCGACCAGCCCAUGGGCACCAGUGAUGACCACUGUCCCCAGAUGUACAUCACUCUCCCCGUCACAGCUAUCGGGCUGAAGGAAAUGCCAGGCUCCCACCGCGACCCCCUCACGGUCCUCCACCCAUGCCCCUUGACCCCUAACUUCCUCCCUCCCCUCCUCCAACCUCUCAACACCCCACUUCCUAUUCCAAGUUGAGGUACAUGUGCAGCCUCACCUCUCUGGUUUUCAAUGAAUCGCUCUACAAGCCCCUGCCAACGAAA